AUGAUGUUCCGUUCGCUCUUUUCUUCCCGUUCUCCUUCCCGCUCUCCUUCCCCUGUUUCUACCUCCUCUACAAGAUCAACCUCAGACUUCAGCUCCAGGCCCUCAUCCCUAUUUUCUGUUUCUGUUUCUCUCUCGAAACCUUUACCCCCUCCCCCCGACGCCGACCUUGAUUUCUCUGCUCCCGAUUCCUUCGCGGUCUCUCUUCCCGGCGGUCACCUGCCCGUUCCUACCUCUAGCCAUGCUGUCUCCACAGCCGAAACCAUGCUUCUACCCAAAAACAAAAUCAGCUCCCACCGUCUCCACCAACUCACUAUCCUCAUCACAGUUCUCAACCUAACCAAAAUGUCCCUCCAGGGAGAACAGGAUACAAUGGUCAGUAUUCUCCAGGCAGCGACCACAUCCACGGCCGCAAACUUGCGUACCCCCUCACCAGACUCGCAGGACAUCGAGCUCCUAGCUUUGGCUGCCAACGCCUGUAGAGUGAGGAGGUAUCGAGCUGAGGAGCCGACGGGUUCAACUGCGGUAGGUCCCUGGCAGGUGGUGGUGGACGAGGUGAAAAUAGCGAUAAGGAGGUUGGAAGCGGAGGUGGAGGGACUGGAGAGAGAGAGGAGGGUUUUAGAGGAUAGUUGGGAAGGCGGUGGUAAUGUCGAUAUAAAUGCAAAGAAAAUGACAUGCCAGAAGGUGUACCCGGUUUACAUUUACGAAGGGCACGUUGCUGUAGCCGGGCAAUUCGUCCCCAAGACCGCGGGGUUUCGCGAUCUAGGUGUCUUUCCAUCGCAACCGCUUUGGGCGAAGUGGCAGAAACCGGCGGCGAUCUGGCCUAGGCUAGUAAGACUAGAACUACACGACCGUUGUUGUCGUCGUCGCCGUUCAUCCGGUGUUCUAGCACCACUUCCAACCAAACCACCAAGUCCAUCUGUCACGACAACAUCGCCAGUUAACAUGGGCUCCCCUCUUGCCCUCUGGACUCACCUUGUCCAAACCUACUCUCCAUACCAGAUCGAAUUCUGGGGCACUCUCCUAACCCAACUCCUCUUCUUCUGGAUCCCCGCGGUAUCAUACACCUUGCUCGACCCUCUCUUCCCCUCCUUCUCCGCGCGCCACAAAAUCCAGCCGCCUUUCAAACAACCUUCCGCCGCCGAAAUCCGCCACUGCGCCCUCAUCGUCCUGCGCAACCAAUGCUUCAACAUCUUGUCUUCGUUAGCCCUCACCACCCUCGCCAUCCGCUCCGGCCGGGGCUCCCGGUUUCGCAUCCUUGCCUCCCCGCCUGGCUUCUGGAGCGAAAUGGCCUGGCAGAUUCCCUUGUGCAUCAUGGCCCGCGAAUCCAUCUUCUACUACAUCCACCGGCUCCUCCACACCCCGCGCUUCUACAAGAUGAUUCACAAGACGCAUCACGAGUUCACUGCGCCCACGGCUCUAUCCGCUCAAUACGCGCAUCCCAUCGAACACAUGUUUGCCAACACCUUGCCGAUUGCGAUCCCGGCGAUGGUGUUGGGUGUGCAUAUCCUGACGUUUUGGACUUAUUUGGCUAUCAUGCUGGUGGAGACGGCGACGGUGCAUAGCGGGUACGAUUUCAAAUUGUUUGGGGUGCUGGAAAUGGCGAGGGAUCAUGAUGCCCAUCAUGAACUGUUUAAUGUCGAGUUUGGCGCGAUUCCCGGGUUGAUGGAUAAGCUGCAUGGGACGGAUUUGAGCAGUAGAAGGAGGAGAAGGAGGGAGGAGAAGGAGGAGAGGGAACGAAGAGCACGGGAGGGGGGAGCGGGUGCGGGGAAAGUUGUGGAGAAGCUGGGAAGAAGGGAUUCGGGGGUGAUGUUGAAGUAG